CCUCCUCACAUUUUGCCUUUUGUAAGACCAGAACUUCAACCCGGUAACUUUCGAGUUUGAGUCUAAUUGAGUAUCACAUCGACUUGUCUUAUUGUUUAUAUGUUCUCAACGUGAUUCCUGUUAAUUAUAGUUUACAGUUUUAAUACAGGAGAAUGUCUGGUCGAAAGCAAACACCAAGUGAUUUUUUAAAGCAAAUUAUUGGGCGUCCUGUAGUGGUGAAAUUGAACUCUGGUGUGGAUUAUCGAGGUGUUUUGGCUUGUCUGGAUGGUUACAUGAAUAUCGCUCUGGAGCAGACAGAGGAAUAUGUAAAUGGUCAACUGAAGAACAGAUACGGUGAUGCUUUCAUCCGUGGAAAUAAUGUUCUGUACAUAAGCACUCAAAAACGGCGAAUAUGAAAGAAUCAGGAAGUUAGCCUCUAUUAAAAGAAAAAAAAUAAUUCUUUUUUUUUUUUUUACAACUGUCAAUAUUGCCAUUAUUUUUCAUUCAUGGAGGUGAUACUGUUAUGGAAAAUUACCAGACAUAUCUGAGUGAGAUGAUUAUGAAGAAGAAGAAGAAAAAGAACAAGGAGGAAGAGGAAGAAAAGAGAAAAUUUCUCAAAUAUAUGGAUAUUUAUUUCUGAUUGAGAUUUUAGUGAAGGAAACACUGUGGUACAUGUUAUAAUAAUAAUAAUAAUAAUGAUAAUAACAAUGCAUCAAUUUUAUUUGGUGUUUUUCUCUUGCUAAAUAGCAAACUUUCUUUUGACUGCUUACAAACCAUACACAAUUUUUUUUAAUUAAGUCCUCAUUUGGAUUUUAAAAAAAUAAUAAACACCAAAACAGGUAAUGGGUCACUUAUUUUAAUAAAUUAGCGGGGCAGCUUCAAUAGGUUGGUACAUUAAUCACGGAGUAUAACAGCAAUGCGAUAAAGAAGGAAGAAUUAUAUUCUUACAUAAAGUUAUGUAAGAAUAUAAUUCUUCAUUGUUUGUCUGGUUGCCACACACAUACAUAUAUAUAACCGUCCAACCGAUACCAGCAUGGAAAAUGGACUUUAUAUGAUCUAUCUAUCUAUUUAGAUUAGAGGUUAUGUUAGCCUCAUGAAGGGAUGGUGUCAGCCAAGGAAAUACUGGUUCAAUACCUAACAUUUUGGGAGGAAUUGAUUUCCUUAAAUAGGUAUGUAUAUAAACUGUAGUUUAUAUUCAUAUAAAAGAAGA